CAGCGCUGGGAAGAUUUGUUGGCUCUCUGUUAGUGUGUUUCCCAGCAGCCUGCUGUGCUCACGGCUUAUUCUAUAACCGUGCUCGGAUUAUGAGAACAGGGGCUUCAAUGUUCAGUAGAUACUGUCAACCACAUGGCUGCAGCAGGGAAGCUCUCAGUGGACGGGUUGCUACAAAUGUCCAGCUCUGAGCUGCAGGACACAAUGAGACGCCUGGGUUCCAACUCAGAGGAUCAUUCUCACCUUACUGCUGCCUUCUCCUGUCUGAAGAGUGCUACUAAAACAGUUCAUCUUCAUCAGUCUGUGUCAAGCGUUCCAGCCCUUCUCCAGUGUUUCUGGUGUUUAUUUGGAUAUUUACUGUGUUUCUUGGACGUUUUGGAUUUUUGCCUCCUCCCUUUUGGAUUUGUUUGCCACAUUUGGACUACUUUCACUGGUUUUGAUCUCUGCCUGCCUCUUUACAACUCUGUAAGCCUUUUGUGUGAAAUUUGUGUGUGGCAAAACUGGCACUGGUCUACUUUCCUCCAGACAUUUCUGCUUUCAGUUUAUACAGCAGUCAGUGGCCAGUUGCUUGGAACUCCCAUCGCUUUGAGUCUCACCAGGCCAAAUGUCUCUGGUAGCCCUUCCAACCUGCUGCAGCCUACCAGCACCCACGGCCGCUCCAUCUCCAUAUCAGUAGUACCUUGUUCAGAUGACCAGCGACUUUACAUAUUACCUGAGGAAAUGACUGACGUCUUCACCCUGGAGCCAAGCACCCCUCCAGGCACCCGAGCCUCAAAGACACGCACUGCCAAGCCCUCCCACACACCGCCGCCGCCUUCCCGCAAAUUGCUGCAGCUCCUCCCAAACAUUGCACUGACAAGAAGCAAGAGUCAUGAGUCACAGCUGGCCAACCGCAUUGAGGAGCCUGCUACACACAAGUCCCGUAAGAAGAACAAAGCAUUGGCUGCUAUUCAUAUAAACGGUUGUGGGAACAGUCCUGAAGACUCAGCACUGUGGUCACCACUGCUGUCUGCCCCAACUCCAGGCCCUGUCCCAGCCUCAGCCCCAUACAUGAUGCCUGCCACCCCCAUCUUGCUGGACAAUGUGCCCAUGCACAGGAGUUCCCCUCAGACAUUGAGGAGAGACAUUGGCCUGGCUGUAACACACAGAAUGCUUUCCAACUUGAAUUUUAGUUUACUCACAUUGCUUUUGUUGUUGCACUUCUUUCUAAAGUGCUUUGAAUGGAGUUUUACUAAAAUCAGUCAUUACUUAAACAUUCAGUGUCCAUGUUCACUUAAUUUAUUCUGCUAUUUGUCUCACAAGGAGGAGGCAGAGGUAGACUACCCAGCUGAGGAUGAGGAAGCAACUGACCAGUGUGGCAGAAAAAAUAACUUUUCCACUGAGGAGUGUGAUGAGGACGGGCUGGAGGACCUGCCUUCUAUAUGUCGUCGUGGGGCUGCUGGCCGCUGGAGGGGCCCCAUCUCUCGUAAGGCCAGCCAGACCAGCGUGUACCUGCAGGAGUGGGACAUCCCAUAUGAGCAGCUGCAGCUGGGAGAGCUUAUUGGCAAGGGUCGCUGGGGAAAGGUGCAUAAAGGUCGCUGGCACGGUGAGGUGGCUAUUCGCCUGCUGGAGAUUGACGGCAACAACCAGGAUCACCUGAAGCUCUUCAAGAAGGAGGUGAUGAACUACAGGCAGACCAGGCACGAGAAUGUUGUCCUGUUCAUGGGCGCCUGCAUGGCUCCUCCCCACCUUGCCAUCAUCACCAGUUUCUGUAAAGGUUUGACUCUAUACUCUGUUGUAAGAGAAAGAGGUCACAUGCUAGACAUCAAUAAAACCAGACAGAUUGCACAGGAGAUUGUAAAGGGAAUGGGUUAUCUGCAUGCCAAAGGCAUCAUUCACAAGGAUCUGAAGUCUAAGAAUGUGUUUUAUGACACAAACAAGGUGGUCAUUACAGACUUUGGCCUGUUUGGGAUGUCUGGAGUGGUACAAGAAGGCAGAAGAAAGAACGUUUUCCGGAUACCUCAGGGCUGGAUCUACUACCUGGCUCCAGAGAUUGUUCGAAAAAUGAGCCCAGUGGUUGAUGAGGACCAGCUGCCUUUCUCCAAAGCUGCUGACGUUUAUGCAUUUGGCACAAUCUGGUAUGAGCUGCAGGUCGGAGACUGGCCAAUCACCAAACAGCCUGUGGAAGCUAAAAUCUGGCUAGUGGGCAGCAAUGAGGGCAUUAAGAAGGUGCUGGCAGACGCCAACCUGGGCAAGGAGGUCACGGAGAUCCUGUCUGCCUGCUGGUCUUCCAAGGCAGACAACAGGCCGACUUUCACCCAGCUGGCAGGCAUGCUGGAGAGACUCCCCAAACUGAACCGCAGGCUGUCUCACCCUGGACACUUCUGGAAGACAACUGAGCCAUGGGAUCAUCAUCACUGCCUGAGAGAUCACUGCCAUCAGGGCCUACAUGCACACUGUCCAUACAUGUACAAAUACACCAGCUGAGGUGCUCUUUAAAACUGAAACUUUAUUUGGAUUUCUCUUUAUAUUGAAUUGAGCAAAUAUUGAAAAUAGUAUUUAAAAGAAGAGGUUUUUUUUUUUGGAGUUCUCAUCUGGAGUGGAAUAUCUAGCCUAUUAUCACCUGGUAACCCUAACCCUGUGUGUGAGUGAGUUUAUAUGUUUGUGUGUGCUGGACACACUUUGUAUUUUGAAAUAACAUUUCAUUGGUGUUGACAUGUGAUCUAUAUGUGGUAUUGAUAAGCAUUCUUGUUAUCUUGAUUCUGCCCACAUUGUGAUCAAAUUUCAAUAUGCAAGUUCAGUAGGCAGAGCUUGUGGGCUGGUGUGUGUGUGUCAGUUCAAGGAAAGUCAUGUGGGAAACUCUUAAAGGAUACCACUUUUCAGUACUCUUUCUAAGUAGGCUAAUGGAACUUAAAAUGUAAGAAAAAGUGCAAGACACAUCGCCAUUGAAUGAGCAUUAACUGAUGCCCAUAUGACACACCAGAUGCAUCAGACAGACAGAAACCGUAGUUGAGAUAGGCUACAGUAGCCAGGAUGUGCUGAUCCAGGGAGGGAUGUGAUAAAAUUGCUGCUUUAAAACAAAGGGUGCAGGUUUAUAAUACAGUGGAGAAGCUUGAUAGCAGAAGUGCUACCUCGGCUACCACCGUCGGUCAGGUCAUUUUAUUUUAUCAGUUUUAUUUAUAUAGCCCAAUAUCACAAAUCACAAAUUUGCCUCAGGGGCCUUUAAAGGUGACAAGUGACCCUUGUCUUGCACUUUGUAAUGGUCCCUCGAGCGCCUCCUGUAGCAAUGCUGCAUAUGGACUCUUCUAAUUUUUCCUUUGCAGAGGAAAGACUCAUCUAUAACUUUGACUGACAGCUUGAGAUGCCUUCUGCGUGAAUUUACACCUGUAUUAACAUGAGUUUCCCAGAUCCUGAUAUACAGACUACAUGUUAAUACCAGGUAUAAAUGAGGUCUAAAACCAGUGUCUGAAUUGGGCUAGUUCUCUGCAACAGAGAACUCUUUACCUUAACUUACCUUUAAGCCAAUUCCCACUAUUUAAUUAGAAUUGUUGUUUUUAUAAAAUCCAAAUUCAAAUUUACUUUACUGUAUUUAGUACAGUAUUGCCAAAGCAGGUUGUAAAAGGCUGCCCCGCUGUCUUUACACGCUGGUUCUAUUUUUGCCAAAGCAGCUCUGAAACAUGAAAUGCAUUUGGGAAUGUAUAUAAAAACCUGAAUUUAUUGGCAAUUCAUUUAAAUGUAUUAUUAAUUAUGCAUUUAAUUUGUUUCUGACUUCCAUCACAUACACAACAAAACUAGUUUUUAGAGAGAGAGACGGAGAAAAGCAAACAAGGGAGGGAGGGAGACGACCCGUUAAACCUUCGUUCAGUCUCCUCCUGCUCUCUGUGAUCACCUAUACUGUGUUUAAUGCAGCCGAAAUCACAAUGAAGUUGUUCUCAUUUACAUACUUUUCUGUUUCUGUUGUCAGACAACGGAACGAGUAUGAAAUUUGAUCGCAGCUGAUAAAUACUAUGUUGACCAGCAGUCAUUACCGAGCUGCAGAUAAAAUCAUUAUUUUAUGGUCAUGACAUCGUCAGACAAAAUAAACAAACAGGUUAAUGACAGCAGCUGUGCUUUGAGAUCAGCUUUUAUUGGUUAUUAUGUUGAAAAUGAGCAAAGCAAUUUGUUUGCCAUGGUGGAUGCAAUACGCUGCCAGAACACACACUCCACUUCUGAAACAUUUUUAGUGGACAUUGAAACUGCAGCGGAGCUGUGACUGAGCCGAGGCUGAGCCAGAGAACAGCCGGAUGCUAUAUAUAUUCUGGUCAGGUAUCAGUCAAAGCCCAGUCAGCUGUUAAGACAAUGACAUUAAUGUCAUAAUAGCUGCUAUUGAAACAUCAUAUCUUUUGUCUUUGCUAACCAGCCUGAAAUGUAAAAACUGAGAAUGGAGACAGUUUCCCUUUGUUAAGCUGUGUGCCAACACAUCUCCUUUCUUUCUAACCAAGCUGUUGAAGCUCUCUAUGAAUGUAAAUCUUUAUAUCUAUGUAUAUGUUAGUAGACAGAGUGCCUUAUUAUUGUUUGAUUCAUCCUCAUAGCUGGAAGGCUGCUGAUUUCAGAUGAAUUAUUGGAGGACUAAAACAACAUUUAUUCCAAGGUUGCCAACACAAAGUUUACAUUUAAAGGAUUGCUUCACCCAAAUUGCAAAAAUACAUUAUAUUUUCAUUCUCAGAGACAGAUAUCUCCAAACCUGGACAAUUAAAUCCAAUAUCUGCAUGUAGAGAUACCAUAAGAAGUAAUGAGAAAAUAUGUUGUAAUUUGGGUGAACUGAACCUUUGAAAAGUGUACUCCCCCAAAAUGGGAAUAAACAAUACCUUACUUUAUUUUGAUUGCCAUGGUGUAAACAAUUCUAUUUGUAGGGUUGCCACUGCGCUCUGACCAACUGGUACCUUAUCCUAGAUGCAUGUACAUGUAUCCAUAUAAAGAAGAGAGGGUCGCACUCAGAAAUAUAGGUUACCUAAUCAUCUGUCAGGCAAUUAAGUAAACUUACUGAAUAAUAUAUUUCUGAGUGUGACCCUGUCUUCUAUAUAUAUAGUAUAACCACUUGGCGAUUUGUUAAUCUUUAACAGGGGGGAUGGCCCAAUGUGAAGCGCCACUACGAGACAAAGCACAGAGCAUCUUUUGAGCAGGUUAACAAGGGGGACAGAUUUUGGCCAUUUUGCUAACAAGGGGGAUGGCAUUCCCCCUCGUCCCCCCUCAAAUUGCCUACUGGGUAUUACCAUCCACAUCGACCCCUGCACUUAAGAAAAUUAGUUUACGUAUCAGAUGACCUCUUGUGGGCUCCUAACCGCAAUGGUGAGAUAUUGCUUUACGCUGUACUGUAAAAAUACUUGACAUGGUGCAUAAAAUGCAUUAAAGUCAGGCAUUUAUGAAAAGCUGGUCUAAAAUUACUAUAUGUUGGGGCAGCUUUGGCUUUGUGUUGCUGUAACAAAUAGAUAGAACUGUCACAUGACAUCCUGUUUCAAUCAAUCAGACAUCAUUGAUGGAUCAAAUCCACUGAGUGAUACCGCCAACACUGAGAUUUAAUGAGAUCUACAAGUGUACUGUCUAUUUGUUCAGUCUUACUUUGACUUGUGGCAGAACAAUGAGCCGGAGUACAACACCGGAAAUAAUGGUUUCACUAAAAUAUAAAGAAACUUGUGAUAUUGCCACAGGUAUCUCUCUCUCGCUCUCGCUCUCUCUCUCUCUCUCUCUCUCUGUGUGUGUUUCCUCAGGCAGGAGUUUGUACGCUCACUGAAUGUGUCUGAAUGUAAUGGGCUUCACCAGAACAGUGGAACCUAAUCAAACAUCAUCAAACAAUGACCUCAUGCAUACAUGUAUAUACAGUGCUGGAGGUUGUAUUUAAUAUACAGUGUUUGUGUUUGUACAAGGGUUUCAAUUUUAGCAUUUUAACAUGGUACAGUCAUAUUUAUGUAUAGAUUUCAGACACUGUAAACUGUUGUUGAUGGAUUGGUGUUUUGUUGUUUUUUCUUGGGUGGGAGGGUUAAUUUGUAGAGUAUUUUUGUACAGGAUCAGUUGAUACAUUGCAAGCUUCUGGUCUGAACAAUUGAAUAUAUUAAAGAUGAUCUCCAGUGA